AUGAUUACGACGAGUCUUGAGCCCAUCCUGGUAGCAGAGACGGCGGACUACGCUCGGUAUUUCAACACCUUCAACCAAAGGGCCAUACCCUGGAAUAACUCUGAUCACCUCAUCUUAGUCCACCCAGUGUUGGAGUACAUUUGUGAACAGUGCCAGUUUCUCGUGGUUCCUGGCACGAACCUUUCUUUGGAUGAGGGGAUGAUGCCUUGCAAAGGAUGUCUGAGCAUAAAAGUGUACAACCCCAAGAAGCCAAAGAAAUAUGGUGUGAAAUUGUUCUUUAUUACAGAGUCCAACACUGGAUACAUCGUUGACUUCUCGGUGUAUUCCGGGGUCUUCUCCACGCUGCGUGACACUGUGUUCGGUUUUGUGGAUCGUUUCAGUAACCAGGGAUACCACCUGUUUAUAGUUAAUUAUUAUAACUCGGUAUCCCUGGCCCAGGAACUGUAUGAAGCAGGUGUGCACGUCAGUGGUACCCUUUGGUUGGUGUGUGGGGCCCCGAAUGUCUUCAAGAGGUUUGUGGGCCAGCCGCAACAUCUGGCAAGAGGAGAGACAGAGUGGUGGUGGAAGGGAGCUUUCUUCGUCAUCUGUUGGAAUGGGGUCCGACUAGUCCCCAUGAUUAUGACAAGUCAUGAGCCCAUCCAAGAAGAGGUCGUCCAGCGGAAGAAGACACAUCGGCAGGGCCGAUUGCCCCUCCAGAAUGCCUACAUCCUCUACUGUGGGUACUAUAAUUCAGACUUCCGGAGGUUGUCCCACAUCCAGUUUCUCGAGGUAGCCGGGAAUGCCCUCAUCAACUUUAAUCCCGAUGAGUGGCCUUCCAUCACCGCCCCCCUGCCCCGAGCUCCUGAUCUGCCUCUAGAGGAAAGGGCAGAUGUUAGGAGGGCCGACUUCGGUCGUCCUUCUCCUGCCGCUGCUGCCGCCGCCCUUGAUGAUCCCGCCCCCGUUCAGAUUCCGACUUCUCGUCGGAUAGUGGACCCUGUGUGUCAGCUGCAGCCAGGGGAUCACACACUGGAGCUUCUAGAAGGGCGCAGGCAGAAACGGUGCCGGGUGUGCCAUAUGAAUGGCAGGAGGAGAGACACCCGGUUCUUCUGUUGCACUUGCAAUAUAGCUCUUUGCAGGUUCGGGAAGUGUGACCACAAGUACCACACUGAGGUCAUAUAUUGGAGUGCCCCUACCCUAGGGACAAUGGAGGGCGCAGAGCGCCACCGAAGGGCGGCGGCCCAUCAGCAGUAA